CAAAUCAAUUGAGAACGGUUUUUUCUCUGAGUGUACAAUCGAGCAUACAGAAACCUUUCAGAACAACGCCACAAUGUUAAAAUACUAGAUGCCAAAAUUUUCGUAGUGAGACUCCCGAAGAGCCUCUUCUCAAAACUAUGCGUUUAAUAAGGAUUCUAGUGAUUAUGUUUUUGGUAGCAAUAAGCGAGUUCGAUCGGAACUUUGCCAUAAACUAUGACAAUGCCGGAAUUGUUCUAAGGGAAAUAAACAAGAGAAGAAAUCGCCAUGGCGUCCCAAAAUUGAAAUUGGACAACGUACUCAGUAACGAAUGCCAAAGUUAUGCUUGGAAACUGUCCAAGUCGGCGACUCUUAACUAUUCGGAUCCCACUAACAAGGAUUAUACAGAAAGCAUCUGCAAAUUUGAAGUAAAGAGGGGAGCACUGUCGAGAUGUGUCAAAAACUGGUAUAGAGGAAGGAAAUUGGAUAUCUUAGACCCCAAGGCUAAAGAUUUCACUGCCAUGAUUUGGAGGUCGUCCGUUUCCUUGGGCUAUGGCGACGCAAACAUAAAUUCUCUGCAAGGGGUUUUCGUGGUCAGAUACACUCCACCUGGAAAUGUGAAAGGAUUGUACAAGGACAAUGUUCCUCCCAGGAAGAGAAAACUAAAGAAAAAAAAGAAACAAAACAAACGAAAAGAAGACUGUGCCAGUCGUCCGGAUAAUCGAUGUGUCUUAUUGUUGUCCAUUCUUUUCUUGGUGUCUACUAAUUGGCAAAAUUGAUGUCCGCUAACUGGAACUAGGUAGUCAUAGUCCUCUUAAAUGAAAAUUAUUUGUGUAAGUCAAAUUUUAGUAAGCUGGAAUAAAGCAAUGUGUAUUCAAUCGCCUCGGUUUGGUCAUUAUAAA